AUGUCUACUACAACCAGUGGAAAACGUCCAACAACACCAAAAAAACGACAAACACGAUCACAAUCAAAAGGUCGUAAUCAAGAAGAUGUUUAUGUUAGAACGAGUUUACCACCAUUUGUCGAAGGUCCUGUCUAUGCAAAUUUAAUUUGUCAUAUUCCAAAAGUACGUUGGAACACAAAACAUCAACCAUCGUGUCGAGCCGUGUGCAUCAAAGUUUCCUGGUGGGGAGAAGAUGAUACAUCAGCGUUAUUCAGACCACAGAUCAUUGGUGCUGCAUCGUCACUAUCUCAACAAUUAAGCACAACAGCUAAAUACUAUAUUCGAAGCGAACUGAAACAGUUUGCUAAAUAUUUAAUAGAUGCUUCUGAUCUCGUAUUGAAAGUAUUCGAUUCAGAAAGCAAUCGUCUUAUUGGCACUGCUAAAGUUCAAAAUUUAUCGACAUUAUCCGUGAAUAAUCCAAUUAAAGGUUUCCAUUCGAUUUUUACAAGUAAAGGUGAUAAACUAGGCGAAGUAUUCGUCCUACUUCGUAUAUACCUACCUGGAACUUAUGAUAGUAAUGAAAACUUAACAACAAUGAGUGUCACAUCUGAUGUCAGUAAUCCACCUUCACGUCGUAGUUCCCUUGGUGCAAAUGAUUAUCAUCAAAACGAUCGACUUGAAAAUAAUUCUCGAACUUAUAAACUUGAUCGAGCUUAUAAUGCAGAAAAUCUAGGCACUUCUCGGUCCAACGAUGGCGUAGGGAAGACGCCGCGUUUUGACACGACGGUUCCAUUCAAGCCAUACACAUCUGAUAAUCAACUAGAUGGUCAAUCUCAUCGUGAUCAACCAACUGGCCAAGUAGUAGAAGCAUUGAUUGAACGUGCGAAUCGUCUUCGUGAGGACAUGAUUAGGUCUUCAUCGGAGAAAAAUCUCAAUAAUAACAACUCCGAAAUUCUUACUACCCACGAGCAACUCGAAUCUCAUUGUAACGAUCCCGAGAACGUUUGCGAUAUAUUAGGUAUUGGUACAUCUUUGAAAUUACCUGGCGAUCUGAAUAACUCCAAUGAUUCAAUUUUAACUGACUUUGACGGAUUAGAAAACGAACAAAGUUUGCUAGAGGAUCUACUUUACGGUGCUGGCAGCGGCGACGGAGCAAGUAAUCUUAUAACAAGUAAACAACCGCCACGUGGAAAACCACCGUCGGGUCGUUCACGAAGUCCGAGCGUUACACGAGCCGGACGAUUAUCCCAUCGUUCUCGUUCGGCGCGAAGCACGGAUAGUGAUACAGCAUCACGCGUGUCAUUUGAUAUGCCAAGUUCCGAUCUUGAUGAUAGUGGAAAUGAAAGUCACGCUGAUGACGAGAAUCUUAGUACAGAACGUAUUCAAAUCUUGAACCAUGUUCGAACGGCUCGUGUUCGUAUAGAUCAGUUGCGUUUGAAUGAGCUGAAUGCUGAUCGACAAUCGCCGUCACAUUCGUCGUUUGGUCGAACGAAUAAAAGCAAACGAGCAACAACGUAUUUCAUCGAAUAUCAGUUCCCUGUUAUUGCUAACAGUCGCGAUGGUCAAAAGAAUGAAGCUACUCAAGUCAUGAAAAUCGCUUCGAAACGAUUCGAAAGCAAUAACGACAUCAUAUUCUCCCAUUUAUCAACUUAUCCAUGCUUAUUCAAUGAAACCAUUCUUAAAAAUUGGUGGCGUUCAUUGUUGAUCUUCAAAAUUUUCAGUCGAACGUCAGGCUCAAGUAGUCCCGAACAGAUUGGCUUUGCCGUUCUACCUCUGCGCAAAGUGUUAAAAGCAGAAAGUCUUCAUUUAGAACAAAAUAUCAGUGUCAUCGAUCGCACUCAAAUCAACCAGCAAAGACUUCCGAGUAAAGUCGCUCGAAAAUUUUGUAUCGGAAACUUGCAUGUGUUGCUUGAAUUGGAUUCUGAUGUCACGAAUUUCAAAAUUGAAUUGGACCGUCUUCGUUUAAUCGAACAGAUGAGACCAAAGAAACAAGCGAGUGGAAAGACGAAAAAAGGCAAAAAGAAAAGCAAACAGAUUGUUGUCAAUCCGAAUACAAAUCUGCAACUGCCGAAAGCCUUUUCCAGUGAAGGCUUCAUGACCAAUGAACCACUGUCAGAAUUGGAUGAUGGCUUUGUCGUACAGAUCUAUCUUUCGAUUACUGAAGCACGACAUAUUUUACAAAUACCGAAUAAUAACCAUUUACCACGAAAUCCCUAUUUUGUUUGUCGAGCAUUUUGGAACGAAGAACCUAUCACUUCAGUUGUUUGUUGGGGAAGUUCAUCACCGCGAUUCAAUUUUGAACAAAAAAUUCCAUUGCUAUUAACAAAAGCUACCUUGGACAAAAUGCAUCAUAAUUUCGUUGUUAUCGAACUAUGGGAUAAGAAGAUCUCAGGCGCAACAGACAUGAUCAUUGGCAUUGUUAAAGUGCCAUUAGAGCAAUUUCACAUUUCUUUCAAAGACAAACAAAUCAGUCGAGUACUAUUACGAGCACAGUAUCCCGUUAUUAGUACGGAUUCUUGGCUACCUAUUAUCGAUCCUUUUACGAGCACACAGAAGUCAAAUGGUGAAAUUCAAGUUUUAUUAGCGAUGGGCACAUCGGACCAAAUAAUCAACAUACAAGUUGCACAUGCCAAUGGCAGCUUAGCAUCACCUGCUUCCACAGCGAGAAAACCGACGGCGGAACUGCAUCCAGAUCCAUCAGCACCAUCGUUGAUUGAACAUCAGUUUGAAAUCAUGCUGGAAGGUAUCACUGGAUUACGCGCGUUCGAGUCGAUGGUUUGGGGCGAAAGCGAUUGUUUUAUUCAAUAUUUAUUUCCUGUUCAACAAGACCAAGAUCAGCUAACAAAUAAUAAUUCAGUAAAACCAUUUCAACUUCGCCCGAUACGCACAGCUGCGACUCUAUGUACGUCUGACCCAACAUUUCAUGAUAGUAAUAAAUUCCGUUAUGUACUCUCACCUACUGAUGCUUUACAUAAACAUUUCUAUGCAGCGUGCCAUUCACCCUCGACUCUGGAAACUUGUAUUACAUUUGAAGUAUGGUCACGUUUUUACUAUCCGAAUAUUCGCGAUCAACUCUUAGCAAAAGGAAAAUUGCCAGCAGCGAAAUUAUGUAGUAUGACGACAAUGCUAAACUCGGGCGCAGAAAAUAAGUCAGUACAAUCAUUUCGUAUUCCACUUGAAAUCGUACGAGAAGAUCCAAAACAUGGCCAGUAUCAUCAGUCAUCAGCACCGGCAUAUGGUGGAGAUUUAUUAACAUCAGUCACAUAUAGACGAAGUAUCGUUAAAAAAAACGAACAACAAGCGUUCAAUGAUCGUCUCUCCAGCGACAGUGCUCAAGCGUGCAUCUCCGUCGGCAUCGUACGCGCUUGCGGAUUGAAACAUGCUGCUCAAUCUCAAGCUCGUCAUGAUGCUCGGUUGAAUUAUCCUGCACAAGUCGGUGUGAAUACCUACGCAAAAUUAUCAUUAUCAUUUUUAUCUGAUACGGAAUCUCGAACAACACGAACGAUCGCGCGUAGCUUUGUACCUGAAUUUAAUCAUUCGAUCGAUUUUCCUGUGCCAUUGGUCUGGAAUGAUACCCGUAAUCAUACCAUCUCUCUUGCUGAAAUGCUCGAGCACGGUCAAUUAAAGGUCGAUUUGUACCAUCAAAUCAGUUCAACAGAUGAUUCAAAUCAACCUAACGAUAAACGCUCAUUAGAUAUUCAUUUAUGCUAUUGUACUAUUCCAUUGAAAGAUUUAUUAUCUCGACAUACAGGUAUCAAGGGUUGGUACUCAUUGGGCAGUGCGAAUCGUGUCGCGACAUCAGAUGUUUCUUCUGAUCCAUCGGAACAUAGUGUUGGCGGAUUAGAACUUUUCAUUCGUUUCGGUCAACAAGAUGAUCGUCGUCGAGUUAUUGAAUCUGCUAAAACACUUGGGUGGCUGGAUGAAAAAUAUACGGACGAAGAAAAUUUACUCAAUGAUCAAAAAGAUCUCGGAUGUUUAGUCAUACUUUCCAUUGAUCGUAUUCAAUUUCCUAUCCAACUCGCCACUCGUCCAGGGAAAGAUCGCGUUGAUGAGCGAACAAGUGUCUUCGUGCAAUAUCGACUCUAUGACAAAAUGCCAAUCAUAACAAAACGGAAGAAACCGAUUAUGGACAAACAGAAUGUCAUCUGCGAACUUAAAUUCACCAAAGAGCACUUGUUUCUUUGCAGUGCACCAUUCUUAUGGUAUUUACGGGAAGAAAAGUUAGAAAUGCAAAUUUGGACAAGUGAAAAUGAUUCCUAUGAUUAUUCAAGCACGUCGGCAGUAGCAUCAACCGAUAGACAUAUCGGAUCGAUCUAUGUGGAUUUGAAUAGCUUAUGUGAUCGAAAAAGAAAAUCGCAUCGAUUAAAUGCGGUUCUACCGAUGUUUAAGCUUGGAUCGAAAGAUUUGGGCGGUGCUUUCGCACAAGUACAUGUGACGAUCGAUAAAUCUAAAGAUUUUAACGAAUUACGGAGUCGAGAUAGUGGUGAUAGGCCAAAUGAUGCUGAACUUGAUUCUUACUUAGAAAAUCGUCAACUAAAUUUGAUUGGCGAUGAUCAUGCGCUUCGAACAGUAACAAAUAACGUAUUCUCUGUCAUCGUCAAUAUUGAACAAGCAGCACAUUUACCGAACAUUUACUCCAAACCCGAAAAUGCUCAUACUCUACCAAAUCCAUAUGUAACCUAUUCAACAGCGAACUCCCAACACUUAUGCCGUACACAAAUUCUAACAUCAACAAAUAGACCAAUCUGGAACUACCAACAAGCAGUGAAAUUAGCCGUCGAACAUUUAUUUAACGACAAAAAGACCUUCAUACUCAAAGUGUGGCAUAAAGUCAAUGCUGAUAUUGAAACCAUUCCAGAAAAAUCUGGCGACAAGGUUCUUGGUUUUGUCUCGAUUGACUUAAGUCCGUUACUAUCUGGUUUACAACAAAUAUCUGGUUGGUAUAACAUUGUCGACACGAUCGGAAAUGUGCAAGGACAGUUGAAAACCAGUAUUGUUCCACAAGAAGAUCUAUUUGUACUGAAACGACUUAAAUAUAAUUCAAAUCAAAAUAAAUCAACACCUGAUUCAUAUCGGUCAACGUCAACGAAUAGUGGCACUGUACCACCGAUCGUUUUCAACGAUCUUUCGGCUAGAUCUAGUUCGGCAGGUCAAACAAGUUUAAAUACAUCGAUGGUUGAGGAUGAAAGCAAUAAGAAAUCGUUUCUGUUGAAUAAUCUUCACCGACAAUUGGGUGAACUUGGUGCCAUAACUGAUCGAUUGAAAGCUCGUCUCAAUUCUGGAACGGAAAUAUCAUCAACAAGACAUGAGUCACCAUCUACAGUGACAACAAGUCGUUGUAGUAGUGUUCCACCACCGUCAACAUCAAUGCAAGUUCAUGUGAAUACUCAUCAGCAGAAUCCAGAUUCGAAUCGUUCAACAACAACGACAAAGAUUCAAACAGAUUUAUUAGAGCAUUUCCCUGAAUCACUCAGUGGACGACCGUUAAUAAGCGACGGUCUCAAUAUAACCGAUGUUCUUUCACAUCAUAAUGAUCAAGUUCGUCUCGCGCAAGAAUUGAUGACUAAAGCGAAUCAUCUGCUCGAAUCGUCCAAAGAUUUCUUUAAUAAACCACCAACACCGCCUCCAAGAUCAUUAUCAAUCAUAGCCGAGCAGCACUCAAGCCCAUCGCCACCGCCGGUAUUACCAAACUUUAAUACCACGACUGAAUUUCAUGCUCGGGAACAAUCGCCGCCAUUGCCACCUAUUUCGUACCAGACCAAUGAACAUACGCAUCAUGCACUCGAUCAACAACACCCCAACUGUUCCAUCCUUUGGUCUGACGAAGAAGACAACGAUGAUCAUAAUCAAACUUUCCUACCAAUUGGUCUUCCUCCUACUCAACAUCGUAUGACUACUGCUGCCAUUACUUCACCUAGACCACCAUCGCCACCACGAUCCAUACAAAUCGAAGAAGCUGUUCCACAUGAAGAACAAACCGAUGAUAUUGACGUUGUCCAUAUCCGUCCGCUGAACAAUCUUUCAGCAUUUAAUUUUGAUUGUCAACAAAUGAAUGCUGAACGACUAAACGACACUCUAUCUCCUAAACUUACUCCACGUCGUACUAUAUUCUCAACACAUGCAAGUGUUGACGAUCAAUACCAACAGAUUUCAUCUCUAGCAUCGUCUGAGCAUCAAUUGAAACCAUCAUCGCCAGAGGUAUUUGUUGAACGUCGAUCAUUUUCAUCAUCAUCUUCAUCUUCGUCAUCAUCUGCAACUCCCCCAGCGUCGCCUAAACCACAACAAUCAUUUACUUCAGACACAUCAGUCAUCGACAAAAAUUGGUUAGAGCAACAGCGACAACGAGAUACGAACACACUCACUAUUCCACCUUUGUCCCUACCUUCCGAUCGAUCUGCAACCAAUCGAUCAUCAGGUCGCAGUCCGCACUUAGCCUUUCUCGACCGUCCUAUACCCAAUUUUUUUCCAACAAAUCACGAACUAGAAGCGUCCAUCAAACACGUUUCUCAAGCGCUGUCCAAUCCCAACACAGCCAGAACAACUGCCAGUCCAUCAUCGCCAUCAAGUACUGUGAUGAAAACGAUUAUUGAUCGUUUACGUACUAAAUCUUCCAAUGAAUUAUUACGUGGUGUCUCGCCUGUCGAUGGUAAUCUAGCUCAACCAACAGAAACAACAAAUGUCACACGACUAGAGAAAAUCUUCAAAACCAAAUAUGCGACAAAUCCUCCGUCGAAUUAA